AUGAAGGUGAAAGAAAAUGAGGAGUACAGACUCAUCAUCUCCCAACGCUGCCUGGGCUCCUUCAAUGCCUCCAAGCCCUGUGGCGGCUCUACCUUCUUACCCAUGCUAGUGGACAAUGAUCUGCCCACCACCAUGGACUGGAGGGACAAGGGCUAUGUCACCUCCAUCAAGGAUCAGAAGGAUUGUGGCUCCUGCUGGGCUUUCAGCCCGUCAAAAUCUCUCCGGGUACUCGUUGACUCUGGGGCCGAUGAGAGUUUCAUGGACACUACCCUGGUGUCAGAGCUGGGUAUCCCCAUUCAGCCCCUCUCCAUUCCCAUGGACACUGGCUCUCUGGAAGGCCAGCACUACAGGAAGACCAAUAAGCUGGUGUCCCUCAGUGAGCAGCAGCUGGUUGACUGCUCCAGCGAGUUCGGCAACAUGGGCUGCAUGGGCGGUCUCAUGGACCAGGCCUUUGAGUACAUCAAGUCCUUGGCCCCUGGAGGCCUGGACACUGAGGACUCGUAUGCCUACCAUGCUGAGGACAAGAAGUGCCACUACAAGCCAGACAGUCUGGGUGCCACCUGCACCAAGUACAUUGACAUGACCAGCGGUGACGAGAGCGCCCUGCAGCAGGCCGUGGCCACCGUCGGACCUGUGUCUGUAGCCAUUGAUGCUGCUAUUGAUGCUGUCUUUUUUUUAGACCGAGGUGUCUAUGAUGAGCCAGACUGCAGCAGCGAUCAGAUGGAUCAUGGUGUGCUGGCUGUGGGCUAUGGCACUAGUGAUGAUGGCCAGGACUACUGGCUGGUGAAGAACAGCUGGGGCUUUGACUGGGGAGAUAAGGGCUACAUAAUGAUGUCCAGGAAUAAGCACAACAAGUGUGGCAUCGCCACGGCUUCCAGCUACCCCCUGGUCUAAGGGUGAGUCUUGCGGGCAUCAGUGUUUAUUACAACUACUGUAUAUCUAUACUCGCUUACUAUCUCAUUAGUUACCAUAGCAUUAGAUCACAACUAUAUCUAUAGUUUAAUAACCAAGGGCUCUAUUCAAUCCGUAUUGCGGAAGUUCAGCUUGACUGAAAUUUGAAGGCAAUUUUCCUGUGUUAGUGGAGUCUUCAUCCACUGCUUUAAUGACCUUUACAUUUCUAUCGCGCAAUCGGUAACGCUUCAGCGAUACAGAUUAAAUAGACCCUACUAGCAGUGUCUAUCCCAACUACAUAUGACUCAAAUGAUAAACAUGAUCAGCUGAUAUUAAACUACAGCUUUACUGUGUAUACUCCCUCCCAGACAGAGGGGCCUUUGUGUACUGAGUAAACAUUCCUAUUGGAUUGAAGCAGAUCCAGAAGUAAACAAAACGUAUAUACUUUGCAAGGCCAAAAGUUAAUUCCGUUUGGCAAUUCAGCAGACAUUUUCCCACAAACAUAUCAAAGCAACUUAAUCAUUGUCAUGCACAGUGAUUCAUCUUCAUUUAAGACAGUUUCCCACAGCAUGAAAAUAAUCCUGCAGCAACAGGAUAUGUUAAUUGUUAUUUGGAUGGAAAAUCCUUGUAGGGGUUGAUACAAAACGAAAAUCUAGUCUGAAAUUUCAAAGUGGAAAUUACAAACGUCAGAAGUUUUUUAAAACAUCAAAGACACUACAAGUUCCCCUGCAACAGGGUGAUCAAAUGA